AUAAAAUUACAAAACGAUUCCUCUGAGCAAGCAGAGUCCCCCCUGGGUUCGUUUAAAGCUUUUGGAUCGUUGGCCGAGGAGGAAAAGAGAAAAAAACCCUAGAUUUCGGUUGGAAAACUUGCGAGUUGUAGGGUUCCGAUUUUAGGGUUUGAAUCGGAGAUUCGUGGUCUCGUGAUGGAGAUCUUGAACAAACUCAGAAACCUGGAUGCGUAUCCUAAGAUCAACGAGGAUUUCUACAGCCGGAGCCUGUCGGGAGGCCUCAUCACCGUCGUCUCCUCCAUUAUUAUGCUCUUAUUGUUCUUAUCAGAGAUUAGAUUAUAUCUUUAUGCUGCUACUGAGACCAAACUGACAGUAGAUACUUCAAGAGGUGAAAGACUACAUAUCAAUUUUGAUGUUACAUUCCCAUCCCUUGCUUGUUCACUUCUUAGUGUUGAUACCGUGGAUAUUAGUGGAGAGCGGCAUUAUGAUAUAAGACAUGACAUAAUAAAGAAAAGGAUUGAUCAUCUUGGUAAUGUAAUUGAAUUGAGACAGGAUGGCGUUGGUGCACCCAAGAUUGAAAAGCCAUUACAGCGGCAUGGAGGCAGGCUUGAUCAUAAUGAGACUUAUUGUGGUUCAUGCUAUGGUGCAGAGGAGUCAGAUGAUGAUUGCUGUAACUCCUGUGAAGAAGUUCGUGAAGCUUAUCGAAAGAAGGGGUGGGGCUUGACUAAUCUGGAUCUAAUUGACCAGUGCAAGAGAGAGGGCUUCAUCCAGAGGAUUAAAGAUGAAGAAGGUGAAGGAUGCAGCAUUAAUGGGUUUCUGGAAGUCAAUAAAGUAGCUGGAAAUUUUCACUUUGCCCCUGGAAAAAGCUUCCACCAGUCUUAUGUUUUUCUGCAAAAUUUAUUAGGCUUGCAAACCGAAAGUUAUAAUAUAAGCCAUAAAAUAAACAAACUAUCCUUUGGGAAGGAGUUCCCUGGUGUUGUAAAUCCACUUGAUGGAGCACAGUGGACACAUCAAACUCCUUUUGGGAUGUAUCAAUAUUUUAUCAAGGUUGUUCCUACAAUCUAUACUGACAUUAGAGGACGCAAAAUUUACUCAAACCAGUUUUCAGUAACAGAGCACUUCAGAGAUGCAGAUGUUUAUCCUAAGCCCCCUUCUGGAGUAUACUUCAUUUAUGACUUCUCACCAAUUAAGGUGAAUUUUACUGAAGAAAAUAAAUCACUCCUGCAUGUCUUGACCAAUAUCUGCGCCAUAAUUGGAGGUGUUUUUAUGGUAGCCGGAAUUGUUGAUGCUUUUGUCUAUCAUGGCCAUCGGGUGAUCAAGAAGAAGAUGGAGCUCGGUAAGCAUAGGUGAUUUACUUGGAGCUAAGAAGAUAUAUUCUAGUUUUCCAGCCGUUAGGAUGACAUUAUGAAUCAUUCAACAAGAUGCAAUCAGAAAAGUGCAGAAGCAGUUGGCAUUGCGGUAAUGAAGCUGAAAUCUUGAGAUUAAGCUGACACUCCAUUGUUAAUUUUGGUAGUUCUUUCAAUGUCAUUGUGUCUAUUAGUAGUAUUUGUAAAGUUACAUUAAAGAAAAUGUAUUUACAUCAGAGGUGACCUCUCCCCUUCCAGCACCCCUGUGCCCCCUCUACAUGAUCAUUUUGGGUUUCUGAAGUCUGAGCAGUUCAUUUCUUUCCAUCACUUCACAAGAGCUGGAGGACCAUUGUAAUGAACUAUAUUAGAUUCUGCAUACAUGGGGGAUGUAUUACCUUGGAAAGAUAUCAUAUGAAUGUACUCCCACAUGUUUCCAACAUUCUAUGAUUGUCAAGGCAGGUGGUUUGCUGGUUGAGCUUGCAUAAUCUCGAGCACCACCUAUUUGCUAGAUCAAUUAUUUGUCCUUUCCUCUUGCACGCUGGCAUUUGUAUUUACUUGUGUGCAAUUGUAUCAAUAAUUUUUCAUAUUACUGUA